CUUCAGUCUGAAGCUGACUAAGUAAAAUUUAGCUGUUUAUCUACAAAAAAAAUGUUCUUUUUCUGGAGAGUUUUUACUUUCAAAACGCCGAACAGCACAACAGCUACAUGUAAUAAUUGUAAAUUCAGCGUCUGAGGGGUGAACAGAUUAACACCAGCAGUCUGUUAGCCUAGCUAGCACUGAACCCACAGUAGCUGCAUUCUAGUGUUGUAAAGACGUUCACUGCUUGGUGUAAUUCUCACCUGCGGAAGGCGGGGACUCAGAUUGACAACAUUGAAGAGGAAUUUCGAAAUGGACUCAAACUCAUGCUCCUGCUGGAAGUCAUCUCUGGUGAAAGGCUGCCCAAACCAGACCGAGGAAAGAUGAGAUUCCACAAAAUAGCCAACGUGAACAAAGCUCUGGAGUACAUCACCAGUAAAGGGGUUAAACUGGUGUCCAUUGGAGCAGAAGAGAUCGUUGAUGGAAAUGUAAAGAUGACUCUGGGAAUGAUCUGGACCAUCAUCCUUCGCUUUGCCAUCCAGGACAUCUCAGUGGAAGAAACCUCAGCUAAAGAGGGUCUGUUACUGUGGUGUCAGAGGAAGACUGCGCCCUACAGGAACGUCAACGUCCAGAACUUCCACUGCAGCUGGAAGGACGGCCUGGCGUUCUGUGCUCUGAUACACAGACACCGACCCGACCUGAUCGACUACUCCAAACUCAACAAGGAUGAUCCCCUGGGUAACCUGAACCUGGCUCUGGAAAUCGCUGAGAAACACCUCGACAUCCCUAAAAUGCUGGACCCUGAAGACAUCGUCAACACCCCCAAGCCUGACGAGAGAGCCAUCAUGACCUACGUGUCCUGCUUCUACCACGCUUUUGCUGGAGCCGAGCAGGCGGAGACUGCUGCUAACCGGAUCUGUAAGGUUCUGGGGGUGAACCAGGAGAACGAGAAGCUCAUGGAGGACUAUGAGAAACUGGCGAGCGAGCUCCUGGAAUGGAUCCGGCGCACCACCCCAUGGCUGGAGAACCGUUCUUCAGAAACCACCAUGACGGCCAUGAGGAAGAAGCUGGAGGACUUCCGUGAUUACCGCCGCCUCCACAAGCCGCCCAAAGUGCAGGAGAAGUGCCAGCUAGAGAUCAGCUUCAACACCCUGCAGACCAAAUUGCGCAUCAGCAACAGACCUGCCUUCAUGCCCUCUGAGGGCAAGAUGGUGUCGGACAUUGCGAGUGCGUGGCAGGGUCUGGAACAGGUGGAGAAAGGCUAUGAAGAAUGGCUCCUCACCGAGAUCCACCGCCUGGAGCGCCUUAAUCAUCUGGCUGAGAAGUUCAAUCAGAAAGCCUCCACUCACGAGGCCUGGGCUAAUGGUAAGGACGAGCUCCUGAUGGCGAAGGAUUACGAGACGGCGUCUCUGACGGAGGUGCGAGCGCUGCUGAGGAGGCACGAGUCGUUUGAGAGUGACCUGGCGGCUCAUCAGGACCGAGUGGAGCAGAUAGCAGCCAUCGCUCAGGAGCUCAAUGAGCUGGAUUAUCACGCUUCAGCCACCAUUAACGAGCGCUGCCAGAGGAUCUGUGACCAGUGGGACCAGCUGGGAACUCUGACUCAGAAACGCAGGGAGGCACUGGAGAGGACAGAGAAGCUGCUGGAGACGAUUGAUCAGCUGUUCCUGGAGUUUGCUAAAAGAUCUGCUCCGUUUAAUAACUGGAUGGAGGGAGCGAUGGAGGACCUGCAGGACAUGUUCAUAGUGCACAGUGUGGAGGAGAUAGAGAAUCUGAUGGGAGCUCAUGACCAGUUUAAAGCGACGCUGCCGGAGGCCGAUACAGAGAGACAGGCCAUUAUGAGCAUCUAUAACGAGGUGCAGAAGAUCGCCCAGAGCUACGGCAUCGCCCCCAACCUCACCAACAUGUACUGCAGCAUCACCCCCGCCGAGAUCAGCCAGAAGUGGGAGCAGGUGAAGAGGCUGGUUCCACAGAGGGACAGUUCUCUGCGGGAGGAGUUGUCCAGGCAGCAGUUGAACGAGAGGAUGAGGAGGCAGUUUGCAGCUCAGGCCAACUCUAUCGGACCCUGGAUACAGGCUCGCAUGGAGGAGAUCCUGCACAGCUCGGUGGACGCCGGCGGUACUCUGGAGGAUCAGAUGAAUCAGCUGAAGCAGUACGAGAGCAUGAUCAUCAACUACAAAACCAACAUAGACCGACUGGAGGGAGAUCACCAGGUCAUCCAGGAGUCGCUCAUAUUCGAUAACAAGCACACCAACUACACCAUGGAGCACAUCCGCGUGGGCUGGGAGCUCCUGCUCACCACCAUCGCUCGCACCAUCAAUGAGAUCGAGACCCAGAUCCUCACCCGCGACGCCAAGGGCAUCAGCCAGCAGCAGCUCAACGAGUUCCGCUCCUCCUUCAGCCACUUCGACCGGAAGAAGAAAGGAGGAAUGGAGACGGAUGACUUCAGGGCGUGUCUCAUCUCCAUGGGUUAUGAUCUGGGUGAGGCGGAGUUUGCGCGGAUCAUGUCACUGGUUGAUCCGAACGGUAAGGGACUGGUGACGUUUCAGUCCUUUGUGGACUUUAUGACCCGCGAGACGACCGAAAUGGACACUGCGGAACAGGUCGCCGCCUCCUUCAGGAUCUUAGCCGCAGAUAAGCCGUAUAUUCUGAUUGAGGAGCUGCGGCGCGAGCUGCCCCCCGAGCAGGCGGAGUACUGUAUCUCCAGGAUGCCUCUGUAUGCGGGUCCUGAUGGAGUUCCAGGAGCCCUGGAUUACUCUGCAUUCUCUACUGCACUGUACGGGGAGAGCGACCUCUAAUGGCAGAAAGCAGAGCUGCACCUUUACCAUUAAUACAGAAUCUCUAUUAAUGUCUCUGAUUUUUUUUCUUUUUUGCUGAAUAAUGAUGUAAAAAGAUAAUAAAAAUAUAAGAGAUUUCUGAUCAUAAGAUACAGUGGCAUGAAAACGUAUUUGCUGAUUAUCAAACAAACUUUAAUAUCAGACCAAGAUAACCUGAGCAAAUAUAAAAAGCACUUUUUAAAUGAUCACUUUAUUUAUUAAAGGACUUUUUUAUUAAUUAUUCUAUCAUUGAAUCAUUAACACCGGUCUUAAAUCUCUCUGAGGCUUUAGUGAGCCCUCAGUUCUUUAAAUGUUGUUCUGGGUUCUUUUUUUGGGACCUCCUGGAUGAGUUGUUCGUGCCCUUUUGGAGUAAUUUUGAUCGGCCGGUCACUCCUGGGAAGGUUCACCAGUGUUCCAUGUUUUCUCCAUUAGUGAAUAAUAAUAAUAAUAGUGAAUCACUGUGGUUUCCUGGAGUCCCGAAGCUUUAGCAAUAUAUGACUUUAUAACCUUUUCCAGACUGGAAUAAUAUAAUAAUGUGCUGCUUUUUGAGAUCUUUUAUCUGCUUCAUGUUGUCAGACAGGUUGUAUUUAAGUGAUUUUCUUGAUUCUACAGGUCUGGCAGUAAUCAGGCCUACUUGUGGUUACUAGUGAAAUUUAACUCUUUUUGAGCUUUCCAAAAAAAAUUGAUUAAUCACAGGUAAUUUAUGGGGGGAAAACACUUUUUUUUUUUUUUUUACAAAGGGCUAGAUUGGUUUGGAUAGUUUAAUUUUUUCUUCAUAAAUGAAAACAUAAUUUGAAAAAAGUGCUUUUUAUAUUUGCUCAGGUUAUAUUUGUCUGAUAUUAAAGUUUGCAUGAUAAUCUGAGAAAAAAAAUAAGAAGUACAAAAUAAAUGACUAAAGGGGUAAAAUACUUUUUCAUGCCACUGUAAAUAUGGAAUAUUGGAAAUAUUAAAUUAUUUAAAGUUUAGAGUUUGGCCCAAUCUACAAAUAUCUGGGUGUUUUUAAAGGAUUCACACAAAACACCAAUUUAAAUAAUAAUAUAGGGAAUAAAAUGCACAGUUGAGAUUAUGAACAGCACUAAAAAUAUAUUGAUGCACUAUAUAAUAUAUAAUGCACUAUAUAAUAUCAUUUCUGUAAUAGGGAGUGUGGUCAUAAUGGGAACUACUAUCCCGGGUUAGCAAAAUGAGUUAGUAUGUUAAUAUUUAGUGUACUAACCCUCCAAACCCACACUAUUAAUAUAAGAAUAUUAAAUAUACUUUGUAGUAUUAGUUUGUAGUGUGCAACUGGGGUGCAGUCAAAGCUUUAUAAAUAUUUCUGAGUAAAUCUCAAUUAUCACCUUACUUCCUAUAUAGUGAACUAAUACAGUGUCUACAUCCAUAUAUCACUAAAUUUACAUGGUUUUAAUAUUGGAAGAAAAAACCCUGAUUCUUAUUGUUUAGAUAUAUUUCAGUCAAUAAAAAUGUUUAAUUUGAUGUGAAAAAACACACAUUUGACAUCCAGCCUGCACAUACAGUCUGUAUUAAUUCAGAAAUAAUCAAAUAAAUCCAGUUAUCAGCAA